AUGCGGUCCCAACUGCCGAGACGUUCAGUUCGCUUAGCAAUCGCCAUGCCCCAGUCGAGUUUCUUUGCCAAGAGCGUGCCCUUCGAGCAGAUCGAUAAGCUGGCCAUCAGUGGCGGCUACUCCUCGAUCUUUGCCAGCCAGGAGCCCUCGGUGCCAGUGGUGGGACAGUGGGAGCAUCGCUUCUGCCGCCUGGCGGACACCUUUCAGCCCGUGCUCGAUCGUGUCUAUGAGUUUGAGGUGCGCGCGGACGAUGUGUGGAUUGUGACGCUGCCAAAGUGCGGCACCACCUGGAUGCAGGAGCUCACCUGGCUGCUGAUGAACAAUUGUGACUUUGAGACAGCCAAAAGCGUGGACUUGACACUGCGAUCGCCCUUUCUGGAGUUCAAUGGGGUUGUGCCAAAUGUGCCUCACGACACCAUUGAGGCAGCCAAUGCCAUGCCCUCGCCGCGUCUCAUCAAGUCCCAUCUGCCCGCCUGGCUGCUGCCUCGUCAGAUCUGGACGAAGAGGCCGAAGAUCAUUUACGUUUACCGCAACCCCAAGGACGCGGCCAUCUCGUACUUCCAUCACUGGCGCGGCAUGGUCGGCUAUCAGGGCACCAAGUCGGACUUCAUGCACUCCUUCAUCGAUGGCUACGUGAACUUUACGCCCUGCUGGCCGCAUGUGCUCGACUUUUGGCAGCUGCGGCACGAGCCGCACAUUUUCUUCACCAGCUACGAGCGCAUGAAGGCCCAGCUGGGUGAGGUGAUACGCGAGGUGGCGCAGUUCCUGCAGCGAUCGGUAAGCGCGGAGCAGGUGGAGCAGAUGUCGCAGCAUCUGUCUUUUGAGAGCAUGCGCGACAAUCCCGCCUGCAAUCAUGUGAAGGAAUUUGAGAGCAUGAAGGCGGCCGCCGGCCGGGAGGUGGAGGAAUUCAGCUCCCCUAACCAUAGAUUCGUGCGUCGCGGCGUUGUUGGCAGCCACAAGGAUGAGCUCACCGCUGACAUCAUACGGGAGUUUGAUCUCUGGUCGGACAUCAAUCUGCGCGACUACAAAUUGAACAUGGAUGACUUUGCCAACUACAGCAAGUACGCUGCGUCGUUGUAAUUGUCCGAGUUAAUCGUUUUGUAUUGUAUAACCGUUUUGUUAAUAGUGUGUAAACUGUGUGGUGAUAUAACUAUAUAUAUGUUUAAUAAUAAAUGAUGGCAAACUGAGCCCUUCCCCAACUAGAA